CACGACGCUUUGCUCGUAGUGAGUGGUCCGUGCCAGAAACCUGACAACCUGAAGGGGGGUUUUACUUUUGCUCGCAACCACAGUACUUCUACGCUGAUACAAUCUCUCUCUUACGAUCUCUUCUUACACUGGGCAUUGCUACACUCCUCAACCGCAUCUCUCUCCUGGUAUCACAGUUCAUCCUUUGACCUCGAAAUAGAGUUGCCCGUAAAGCGCACUAUCAGGCGCUAGCCUCCCCCACUAUCCCAGCACUUCUCCAACCACUACGUCGACACCCACAGCGGGGGCUACCACCAUGAAAGUGGCCGUUUUCAGCGCGAAGCCUUACGACAGGGAAUAUCUUUCCCAACUACUUGCUACCCGCUACGGCCAAGUGGAAGGCUCCCAAGCUCCUCGCAUCGAGCUCGUUUUCCACGACUUCCCUCUCUCUGUUGAGACUGUCCCUCUUGCGGUCGGUGCCACUGCCGUCUGUGUCUUCGUCAAUGACACGCUUAAUGCGCCUGUCCUGCAGGCUCUCCGCCAAGAAGGCGUACGAGCCAUCCUCCUCCGCUGCGCCGGCUACAACAAUGUCGAUCUCGAGGAAGCUGAGCGUCUACGCUUCUUCGUCGCCAACGUUCCCUCGUACUCACCCGAAGCCGUCGCCGAGUUUGCAAUUGCCCUGAUCCAGACUCUGAACCGCAAGACUCACCGAGCCUACAACCGCGUGCGCGAGGGCAACUUCAACAUCGAUGGCCUGCUCGGUCGGAACCUCCAUGGCAAGACAGUCGGUAUUAUUGGCACUGGCAGGAUCGGUAUCAGCCUUGCUCGCAUCCUCCAGGGCUUCGGCUGCAAGCAGAUCGCCUACGACCCCUAUCCUACCGAUGCCUUCAAGCCGUACGGCGAGUACGCCAGUCUCGACGAGCUGCUGCCGCAAUGCGACUUCGUGUCUCUCCACUGUCCUCUGACAGACCAGACGAAGCACAUGAUCAACGAGCAGACGCUCGCCAAGAUGAAGAAGAACGCCAUGCUCGUCAACACGUCGCGCGGUGGCUUGAUCAAGACCAGGGCUGUCAUUGACGCCCUCAAGAAUCAUCAACUGGGUGGGCUCGCGCUUGAUGUCUACGAGGGAGAGAGCGCCGUGUUCUACCAGGAUCACAGUGGUCAAAUCAUUCAGGACGAUGACUUGACGCGGUUGACCACAUUCCACAAUGUGUUAAUUUGCGGGCAUCAAGCUUUCUUCACGGAGGAGGCCUUGACAGAGAUUGCGGAGUCGACGUUGAGGAAUUUGGAAGACUUUAUCAGAAGAAGGCCAUGCAAGAACUCGCUGGUUGCUGAGGGCCAUUUGCUUGCUCGGAGGGACUCCGUUCCUGUUCGGAUUUGAUGGGUACAGUAUGAUGAUGAUGCCGCAUAGGACCUGGGAGUUGAAAAUGUAUGGUAGACACUCUGACGUUGCAUGGUUGCCUUCGAUCGACAUGCUGCUUUUCUUUACGUACGAUACCUAGGAAUAGCUAACAUCCUCUCUUCCUUGACUCUCA